AUGCCGAGCAUCGGAGUCCACGUGGAGUGUCACGACCCAAAGGGCUUGAGGCAGAGGCACUACCAGUUCCACGAUCGGCACCUGCCCUCGCAGAAGUACGUGAGCCUGUUCAAGGAGCUGCAGUCGAGGCUCGAGCAGGAUGUCAGCGCCGACACAGGAGUCAAGAUCCACGUGCAGUCGAACCCGGGCCCCGGCCCUGAGUUUCCAUCCUCGUGUUCAUCCCCCGGCAAACUGAAGUUCACCGAGGACGGGUGGUUCUUGCAACCAGCGAGGCACCACCACCAGCAGGAGGGCCUGGCACACCCGCGGGUGAGGUACCCCAGACUAGGCGCGUUCGAGGUGGUGGUGGUCGACCCAGUGGACCUCGGGCCGCUGACCAAACACUUCAAGGCCUUCUCGAAGAUCGGCACCGGCAAGUGGCCCCAGGUGGACGCCCUGUGCAACAGACUGAAGCAGGUGCUCGAUGCCGCCCGGAGUGGCGAUGCGCAAGAGGUGGGCAGAAUCGUCGGGCGCAUGCAGCAGAUCUCCGAGGGGGGUGGGGGCGCCGCCAGCGCUGACUCCACGCGCUGCGCGGCGCCGGCGCCGGCACUCCGGCAGGGCAGCCCUGGCCAGGCGGAGCGCCCGGCGGCCUCUCGCGAGGCUCGGGCGCCGCCGCCGCGGGGCCCAGCCCCGGAGCUGCUGCGGCCGGAGGCGCUGGCCGGGUAUUGGCGCAGCGACAACCCCAAGGACAGCAUGCUCGUGGAGUGCGGGAGGGUCACGUGGGCGAGCCGCCCCGACGUGCAGGCUUGGCUGAAGGCCUUCGGCCACGACAGGGUCCUCCUCACCGGUCCCUUCGACACGACGCACAAGGGGAUCCUGCAGGGUACCCCGAAGGACGGCAGCCUCGUGUGGGACGACGGCGACGUCUGGAUGCGCUACGGCAGCCACGGCACGCACCCUUCGCCCAGGGCGAACUUGAACGGGCUGUUCGCGGAGCUGCCGACAGAGGGCCAACGCCCCUGCCCUCUGGGCGUAGCGACGAGUUCGGCUCCCCGGGCAGCUCGCAGGCGUCCCGCGAGGCCGAGCGAGGC